CUUGUUAUUUAUAUCAGAUUCUGCUUAACAUACGAUCAUUUUCCCAACAAGCACUGUUCAUGUACAGAUCGACCCGCCGAAAUGGAUCUCCCCAAGAGAAAGUUCACCGAUCCUCCAGCCAUCAAACGGCUAGUUAAGAUCGCUCGCUCAUCGGGGGUGCGACGUCUCGUCACGUCCUACCUGUGGAGGAACCCAUCGAUCCAAGCGGUAGACUCGCACCAACAUACCGUCUGGCUGUUCGACAACACCGCGUACCAAAGCACGAUGCCGAAGACGAUCGGAAAAGGGCACGCAUGGCACGUAGAAGUGAUCGCCUGUGUCUUCCAAAAGGACAGUCGGAAGGAUAUCAGCAAGUUGGUUGCAACUAUCGCCGACAUCAUCGGUCUGGACGGAGAAGUGGGCACCCAGCGAGAGAUCCGUCACUGCAUCGCUGAGCGACUCCGGCCAUUCCUCUACCACACAGCAGAAGCACACAUGAUGAUGUUAGAAAUCCCACUGCCAAACCACACGACCCAGAUCCACCAGAUCGGGCCCACAGACCACAACGGCGUCAGCGUCCAAACGGUGACGACAGGCAGCCGGGGCGUCAAGGACGGAGACAGAAUUCGAUCCAAGCUUCGCAACUGGAACAGCACAGCUACCAUGGACACCACCUUCGCAGGCCCAGAAGGCUGGCUCGUGAUAUCCGACAUCGACGACACCAUCAAAUACACCAAGACGUCGGAAUCGACAGGGAUCCUGCGCACGACAUUCGUUGACGAGCCUAAGCCUAUCGCCGGAACACCGCAGCUCUACUAUCAGAUCGAAAAGCAACUCCAGCCAGCCUGGUUCUACGUCUCCGCCGCGCCAUUUAACCUAUACCCGUUCCUGCGCCACUUCAUCCAUUCGCACUUUGCCCCGGGGACCCUGAUGCUCCGGGGCUCGUCCUGGCUGGAUGUGAGUGAGCUGGUCCGCUCAUUCACCGUCAACACGAAGGCAUAUAAAAUGAAGUGGAUCGAGAAAAUCCACCGGUGGUUCCCUCACCGUCGCGUGCUCUGCAUUGGCGACUCCACCCAAGAAGAUCCCGAGACGUACGCGGAGAUCUACGAGAACCACCCGACGUGGGUCAGGGCCAUCUGGAUCCGGAAGGUCACGGACGUGCCCCAUCUUGAGGAACAAAACUCCCCGGAGCGGUUCGAGGCUGCGUUCAAGAACGUCCCCAAUCACAUUUGGCGGGUGUUUGAAGAGCCGGAGGAGGUGAGGGACUUGAUUGCCCGGCUCUGAGGGGAACCCGUGGUGCCGUAACUCGAUCGAAGAGGAGAAGAAGGACAAAGAAGGAAACAAACUUUAUGAGUACCAUUUUUUUUGGAGUUUGGGUCUGUUAGGGCUCUAUACCGCUGU